AUGGCUUCCCUGCUUCGGAAGGUCAAGGCCAAGGUCGAAGAGGCUCGACAAGGUUCCACCUCAAACGACCUGUCCCAGGAGGAGGAAGCAAACCUCGUUCAGAAGCUGGCCCAGGAGCACCCGACUGAGGAUACGGCUCCCGUUCCCGUGGUGGCGCCUUCGCAGCCACAGGAAACACCAAUCAGGGACCAGUUUUUACAUUCCACCCAGCAGGGUGACGUAGAAUCGUCCAAGCAAGGCCCAUCGGCUAUUCCUAGUGAGAAGCAGGAGGAGAUCUUGGGGGACUCCCAGCCCUUCCGCCCCGGCCUCGUUCCCAACCAGGGCCAGAAGCAGCCGGAUGGUGGGACCGAACCAGAGGACAAGCCUCUGCCGGAAACGCCCAGUCAGCAGGUCUCGAGCGAAGGGACAAGCCAGCCUGAGCAGCACAGCUCUUUUGUUCCAGACGAGAUGGCCAAUGGCGAUGUCGCAUCUACUGAUCACCAGCAGGCCGGCACCCAAGACGGUGAUUCCACACCAGCCUUCGCUGCAGAGUCGACUGAACCCGACGGCGCUCAGGUCGAACCGGCAGCUGAACAUAACGCAGCCAAGCAGGGAGAAGAAGACAAAACGGAGCAAAAGAAUUGCAGCGACCCGAUGAAGGAUGGUGAAGAUGGAUCACAAGCCGGGAAGGAAAACCAGGAACCCAGGAAAGAAGCCUACUCUUCGCCAGAAGAGGCCAAUGCCGCCGUGACUACAGGUGACGGAGCCGACAAAGACAGCAACGAGGAGCCUGAGCACGAGACUUCGACUAGUGGUAAUGUCUCCACCGAGAAGCCGGCAGACAACGGCGAGGAAGAAUCUACAGCGAUACAGCCCGGUGAUCAGCCCGACGGCGAAAAGCACGACACAUCGAAAUCUUCCGCCGAGCCAUCGCAGAAGGAGGAGGACACGCCGCACGACUCCACCGAGUCGAAUAACUCCACAGAGCCAAAGCCUACGGAAGAGGCCGCCAAUCAGCCUGCCGCGGCAGAGGAGGGCGAGGAAAAGUCGUCCAAUGAUGAGAUGCAGUCGGAUUUCACCGAGGGAGCGCUCGAUGAGAAGCCCACUGCUGGCGUAGCGGGCGAGAGCUCGGCGGCUGAUGUUAAGAACAAGACCCAAGAUCAAGUCGGGGAUGACGAAGGUCAGGGUGAUGAUCAGCAAGCUUCAAAGGAACAAGGCAAUGGUCCUGGAGAGCAGUCCGAGUCAGCUCCUACCCAGCAGUCGGCUGAAGAAGAAGCUGGUGGGGACGCAAAUGCUCAUGAGGGUGUCGACGACAUGCCUGCUAGCGGCGAUGGUGAGACCGGGAAAUUUAUGCAGAACGAGGAUGAUUCUGAGAAGCCCACAGAGGCCCGUAAUGCGGACAAACCUGGUGAGAACAAGGGUGGCCCUGAGGUGUUCGCGGAGGGCGCUAGCGAAGCCAAAGAGCCUGAUGAAGAAGCUGGAACUUCUAGCGGUCCUGUCAAGUCGAGUGGAAGCGGAAAAGACGAUGGACAGCAGGAACGUGCGGACCAGCUCGAGGAUGAGCAAGACGAGAAUUUGGAUGGCUCUCAAGCCAUACGCCCAGGCGUCGAGGACGGCGGAAUUGCUGGUCCCGAUAACGGUGACGACAGUGACUUUACAACCGAACGCGAGGGGAAGGACGGAGAUGAUCACCCUCAAGUUGGGGGCGAGAAGAACGAUGAUGGAGACGACGUUCGGGAUGACGGGCAAGACGGUGACGAGAGAGAAGACACGGGUGAUGAAUCAAAAGUUGAAGCCGAGGAGAAGGGCAAUGAUGGCGAGCCUCAAGCAGGAGAUGAGAAGGACGACGUUGCAGACGAGCCUCAGAGGGAAGAGCAAGACCAUGAUGUGGAUAACAACGCCGGUGAUGCACCGCAGGUCGAAGACAAAACAGAUGCUGUGCCGCAAUCCGAAACGAAUAAGCAGGAUGGUGGAGAAAAGGCCCAUAGUAAGGAGCAGAAUCGUAAUGGGGACGAGACCAGAGCAGAAGACGAUGAUGCUGGGAAGACCACUAGAGAGCCAGAGUCUUCCACUGUGCAGACCAACGCCGGAUCUUCUGACCAAGGCCGAGUCUCUCAAGACCCCAUCGGCGAUGCCAAGGAGGCGUCGAUGGAUGACCACGAGCCAGCCCAGGAGGAAGAGGAUAACCAGGAACAAGUAUCUACCGCGAGCAAGCCCGCGCAAGCUGACGCUGAAGGAGAUGAGGAUGGUCAGAGUACAUACCACGAUUCUGAGGAGCAACAGCACCUACAAGACAAUGAGGAGCCAAAGCUCGAAGAUGGCAACGAUGACGACAGCAAGCAAAUACAAGAUGAUGACGAGCCCAGGGAUGAAGCUGGCAACGAUGACGAUGGCAAGCCACAAAAACCGUCUACGGCCGGACCGGAGACGGCUCCCAAUGGUGGAGGAGACGACCAGAAGACACUUUCGGAAGGUGAACACGCCUCUGGGGAUCAGGCUACCGGCGAGAUUGCAGGAGAUGGAUCCGCUGGCGAUCAAACCACGGACGAGUCGACUGAAGCACCCGAUAGAGAGGAAGAGAAGCCUGACGAUGGUCAGCAAGCAGAAAGUGCAGAAAAGGCAUGCAAACCAGCUCAGAAUGGAGGAGAAGCCCAUGAGGACGGUGACAAUAACACCGGAGAAGCUGUAGCAGGCAGUGCAGCUGGAGCCGCAGCGGUCGCAGGCGGUGCAUACGAGGUUUCCAGAUCGACCGAUGAUGACCAGAAGGAUGACGAGCAAAAGCCCAAUGAUGCGGAGACAAAGUCCGCGGAGGAAGGGCCAGGACAGGGUGAGCAGAAAGUUGGCGACGAUAAGACGGAAGAGCUUGAAGGCAAGUCUAGCGAAGCGGUGAAGGAGGAUGCUGACGACGUUGAGCAAGGCAAGAAGCAGAAUCAGGAGAGCGAGGUGGAGCAAAACGGCACAUCGGAGUCUAAGGAACCAGCCUCUAGCAACGAAGUAUCAGGGUCUGACGAAGACACUGCACUAAGUGCUCACAACAAGGCGAGGGAGGGUAAGUGCGAAGACCUGCAGUGGGACGACGACUUGGCCGAGCAGGCCUCCAAGCACGCCCAGAACAUGGCACAGUCUCGCAAGCUACACCAUUCCGGAGAUGCUGAACAAGGAGAGAACAUAUACGUCAACGUCGACAACGCCUCGUACGACGAUGCUAUCCAGGCGUGGCUCAAGGAAGAGGAUGAGUACGAUGGUAGACGAUUUGGGGAGGGGAAUGCUUUGCGAUACAAGCACUUCACGCAAUGCGUGUGGGCCGAUACUACGCAUGUUGGAAUUGCGAAGGCGAAAUCGAGGAACGGCAGUACCUUCAUCGUCGCACGAUAUUGGCCCCAGGGUAACAUCGUCGGUGAGAAACCUUUCUGA